UGGGCCCCCUCACAGCUGCUACGACCACUGCCUCUGACUCUCUUCUCUCUCUUUCGUCUCUUCAUCUCUCUCUCUCUCUCUCUCUCAUCCUUUGGAAUUCACUGCGCAAACUCUAUUUAUAUUUGCGUUCAACUCAGUAAAAUAUCUUUACGUAAUUUUAGCUUCUACCUUUCUUCUUUUUUCCCCUCCCAAUAAUUAGGCGACGCCUGCGAUGGGGAAUUGCUGCUCCGACGUGGCCGGCGGGCAGUCGGCGGUCGGAGGCACCAACUCCAGCCUACCAGCUAACGCUUCCAACGAAGCAGUUGAUGCCUUCUUCAAGUCUCGCGGCUACAAUGGUCUCUUCUCUCAGAUCGAGCUAUCUCUCUCUGCAACAGACUUGCGUAAUCGGGAUGUGCUCUCUAAGAGUGACCCUAUGGCGGUUCUGUAUAUCAAAGGAAGUGAUGGUUUGCUACGGGAGCUUGAUCGGACAGAAGUAGUUUUGAAUUCGUUGAGCCCCAAAUGGAUUAAAAAAUUUACUGUUACCUACCAAUUCGAAAUGGUGCAGAAUUUGGUGUUACGUGUCUAUGAUGUCGACACUCCCUUUCAUGGCGUAGAGGUGAAGGCACUUAAACUGGAGGAGCAGCAGCUUCUUGGUGAGGCUAGUUGCACGUUAUCUGAGCUUGCCACGAAACUAUACAGAACCGUAACUGUAGAUCUAGCACGUGAAGAAGCUUCUGCCCCAGCCCAUACUCGAAAAUGUGGCCAGCUUAUAGUUUAUGCUGAAGAAUGUGUUGCGUCAAAGACUACAGUAGAGUUGGUAUUGCGAUGUUCAGACUUGGAAUCCAAGGAUUUGUUCUCGAAAAGUGAUCCGUUUCUUGUAAUAUCAAAAGCUACAGAGCAUGGAAUAUUGGUUCCAAUUUGUAAAACUGAAGUGCUGAAAAAUGACCACGAACCAAAAUGGAAGCAAAUUUUCCUGAGUAUUCAACAAGUAGGAAGCAAGGACAGCCCACUACUUAUUGAGUGUUUUAACUUCAAUAGCAAUGGAAAACAUGAUUUAUUGGGGAAAGUUCAGAAGUCACUGGCAGAGUUGGAAAGGCUGCACUCUACUGGCUCCGUAGAAAAUUUGUUUAUCCCAAUGUCAGCUGGCCAAAGUCACCAACGCAAGGUCUUAAAGAGUCGGUUGAUUGUGGAUAAAUAUUCAGAGAACGUCCAGCACACAUUCCUUGAUUACUUGGCUGGAGGCUAUGAGCUGAAUUUUAUGGUUGCUAUUGAUUUCACUGCUUCAAAUGGUAAUCCACGCCUACCUGAUUCAUUGCACUAUAUUGAUCCGUCAGGGAGGCCAAACGCAUAUCAGAGAGCGAUUUUGGAAGUUGGAGGAGUUCUGCAGUUCUACGAUUAUGAUAAAAAGUUUCCUGCUUGGGGGUUUGGGGCCCGGCCAAUUGAUGGUCCUGUAUCCCAUUGCUUUAACUUAAAUGGCAGCAGUAACUAUUGUGAGGUUGAAGGAAUCCAUGGAAUUAUGAUGGCAUAUUCAAGUGCUCUUUCUAAUGUUUCAUUAGCAGGACCAACAUUGUUCGGCCAUGUAGUUACACAGGCUGCACAGAUAGCUAGUGGAUCUGUUGCAAGAAAUGAAAGAAAGUAUUUCGUUUUGUUGAUUAUCACGGAUGGAGUGAUAACAGACCUACAGGAAACAAAGGAUGCCUUCGUUAUGGCAUCUGAUCUGCCAUUGUCAAUACUUAUUGUUGGGGUCGGGGGAGCUGACUUUAAAGAAAUGGAGAUAUUGGAUGCAGACAAAGGGGAGAGACUCGAAAGUUCAUCUGGGCGGGUUGCAUCACGUGACAUUGUCCAGUUUGUCCCUUUCCGUGAAGUACAAAAUGGAGAAGACUCUGUCGUUCAAUCACUUCUUGCUGAAUUACCCACGCAGUUUUUGACUUAUGUGCGAGCUAGAGGUAUUGGCCCAACUGCAUAAUGAAAUCUAAAACUGUAAAUACAAAAUUACUCUCUGUUAUUUUGUGCCUAGUUUGCUUCCAGAGCCUAUGACAGUUGCACACGAAUGAUGUAUGUCGAGUUCCUGGUUAGGUUUUUUUAUCUCACCACGGAACCACGCCCAACUUUGUCAGGGUUCAUAAAACUGGAAAUGUCCAAAAGAAACCAUUCUUGUUCAUUAUGUAGCUUGAAGUUUCAUUUUUUCCAAGAAUGGUUCUCUCGUGGACAUGAUUUUUUUUUAGAAUUUUGAUACAAUCUCAACUUUCUGCGUCCAUUCUUGUAUCUGGUUUCUUGAAAUCGGAAAUCUUCAACUUCCUUUAAGAAAGGAUGUUGUUUCUUUUCGACCCACCAUUGCCGUUUUGCCUACAAUUGGAGUAGAAAUCAUACUUCUUUCAGAAGUAGAUGCAGAUAUUGAUGUAUGUUUGUAAAAGAGAGCUGUGUUUUGCUCAAGAAGUGUGUGUAAAUUCUGAAUACAAGUUGAGGUUUGAUCUACAUUUUCAUGGAUUUGAUUUUGUUUUAGGUGAUACUGUAAUAUGCUGUAAUUGAUGAAGUUUUGCCCAACUACUAUUUCUAUUCUUCAA